AUGUCUGCCGAGCAGCAAGUGUCGGAAUCCACCGAGGCCACGACGCAAGCUGAGGGGUCCAUCGAGGCAGACAGCGAUGAGCUGGCGUCAAUCUUUGACUUUGACGAGGCGAGCUCGUCCGAUGGAGGCUACGUAACCGACAGCGCGACGAACGCCAGCACGUCGAUCGAGUCGUCGGUCCGAGACUACUUGUACGAGAACGGGCGACGAUACCAUCGGUUUCGAGAAGGGCAGUACAACUUCCCCAACGACGAGAUAGAACAGGAGCGGGAGGACAUGAAGCAUGCAAUGGUGAAGCUGCUGUGCAACCAGAAACUGAGCUUUGCGCCGUUGGGCGAAUGGCCGCAGCAGAUACUUGACAUGGGAACUGGGACAGGUGCAUGGGCCAUUGAGAUGGGCGACCGGUACCCCAGCGCAACAGUGCUCGGUGUCGACCUCAGUCCAAUCCAGCCAGAGUGGGUUCCGCCCAACGUCAAGUUCGAGGUGGACGACGUUGAAAGCCCGUGGUUGUAUCCGGCGAACCACUUCGACUACAUCCACUCUCGGCACACGGUCAUGGCCAUUAAGGACUGGGAGGUCCUUUUCCAGCGAGCAUUCGAGCAUCUCAAAGCUGGUGGCUGGAUCGAGCUCCAGGAAAUCCACCACUGCCCCAUGUCAGCAAGCAACUCGCUUUCGGCGACUCAUCCAGUGGCACGGUAUUGGGGUAAUGUGGUGCAAGGGCUUUCGAACCUUGGUAUUGACCUGAACGCGGCGGCGGGCGAGCGAUUGCCCAAUAUGAUGCGAGAGGCGGGGUUCAUCAACGUGACAGAAAGGGUAUUCCACGUGCCGAUUGGGACAUGGCCGCGGAACAGAGUGCUCAAGACGGUGGGCAUGUACUGGAGAACCAUCCUCCUCGACGGGCUACAGGCCAUCGCUCUCGGGCCCUUCACCAGGGGGCUGCAAUGGUCGGCGGAGGAGACGGAGCUGUUUCUCGUCGACGUAAGGAAGGCGUACCACGAUACGUCGGCGUUGAUGUACAUGCCGCUGAGAAUCAUGUACGCGCAGAAGCCGACGGGUGUGUAG